AAUUAUUAUCCUUUGAAGUUUAAAUUCAAAUUUCUCAAAUUUUCAAAGAAUUGUGCAAAAGAUAGAUAUCUGUAAUUGAAGAAACUGUAUUUGUAAGCAUAAAUUUUCCAGAACUUGGGUAUAAUUUAUUAGCUAUGUUGCGUUUCUAUCGCAAUCAUCAUUCAUCUAUCCCAAUUCAUCUCAUCUGUACCCAUUUUCAUUCUCACUAUUCCAAUUCAAACAUAAAUCUCUCUAAUUCUCUAUCUGAUCUUCUUCAAGGCCGCAUAUCUCAUUCCCAUCUCCUUCAGAUUCAUGCUCGUGUUCUUCUUGCUGGUGCACACCAGGACAAUCUGAUUGCUACCCGUCUCAUUGGUCAGUACACUAGUCUACAAGCUCUACGAGUAUUCAAUCAAUUGGAAGCUCCAAAUAUUUACCCUUUCAAUGCGAUUAUCAGGGUUUUAUCUGAAGAAGGCCUUUGGUUUGACGCCUUCUCCAUUUUCAAUAGAUUAAGAUUUCAUUCACUCUCCCCUAACGAUUUCACAUUUUCAUUCCUUCUCAAGGCAUGUUUACGACUCACAGAUGCAAUUUACGUGAAACAACUUCAUACCCACCUUGUAAAAGUUGGGUUCUCUAAUGAUCCCUUUAUUUGUAGUGGUCUGCUUGCAGUAUAUGCUAAGGGUUUGAAGGAUUUAGUGUCUGCACAUAAGGUGUUCGAUGAAAUGCUUCAUAAAAGUUUGGUGUCUUGUUGGACUUGUUUAAUUUCUGGAUAUGCUCAGGUAAGACAGAGUGAGGAUGUUCUAUCGAUUUUCUUAUCAAUGGUUGAUAAUAAUCUGAAGCCAGAAGAUAGUACAAUGGUUAGUGUUUUAUCAGCUUGUUCGAACCUUCGCAUUGCUGAAAUCGAGAAAUGGGUCGGAGAGUUAUCAAGAUUUGUGAAUACUAUCGAUUCUAAUCAUCAAGGGGUUGAUUCUGUGAGAACUGUUCUUGUUUAUUUGUUUGGGAAAUCGGGAAAGAUUGAUAGAAGUAGGGAAUCGUUUGACGAAAUAUCUAAAAGUUGGAAAAGAAGUGUUCUUCCGUGGAAUGCCAUGAUAAGUGCAUAUAUUCAAAACGGCUCAGCAUUGGAAGCUCUCACCCUUUUCCGACAAAUGGUAGAGAUCCAUAAAUGCGAACCGAACCACGUGACAAUCGUGAGCAUGCUCUCGGCUUGUGCUCAAAUAGGCGAUCUAGAUGGUGGAAUAUGGGCACAUAAGAAAUACAUCAAUCUUCAAACAAGAAAAGGGAUUUCAGCAUUGAACAGAAACGUAGCCACUGCACUAAUUGACAUGUAUUCGAAAUGCGGCUGCUUGAGAGACGCCCAAGAGGUGUUCGACAAAACAACAACUAAAGACAUUGUCACUAUCAAUGCCAUGAUAAUGGGUCUUGCAACAAACGGGGAAGGGGAGUCAGCUUUAAGUCUUUUCUCCAAGUCCAAAGAUAUCGGUUUGAAGCCUAACGGAGGAACCCUCCUCGCUGUUCUUUGUGCUUGUAGUCAUUCUGGAUUGCUAAAUGAAGGACGAGAAAUAUUCCUAGACAUGAGUAAACUCUAUUCUUUAGAACCGAAAUUGGAACAUUAUUCUUCCUACAUUGACCUUCUUGCGCGUGUAGGUCGAAUUGAAGAAGCAAUUGAAGUUGUCAAUUCAAUGCCAUUUGCCCCAAAUGAAUUUGUUUGGGGAGCUUUGUUAGGAGGUUGUUUGCUUCAUAAUAGACCUCAAUUGGCACAAGUCAUAUCCAGAAGGCUUGCCAAGACAGAAGAAGUUGAAAAUUCCGGGGGAUAUGUUAUGUUAUCGAAUGCGUUUGCAGUUGAUUCUCGAUGGGGCGAUGUAUCAAAUUUAAGGGCGUUGAUGAGGGAAAGAGGGAUUAAAAAACUCAAAGGGCAGAGUUGGAUUAGCAUCAAUGGUGUGGUUCAUGAAUUUGCAGUGGGUUUUACAUCUCAUCCUCAAAUAGAAAGUUUGUAUUAUGUAUUGAACAUAUUGGCCAAGCAAAUGAGUUAUAGCUAAUAAUACAAUAAGGUUAUUCAUAA